GCCGAUGUUGCAGAACUGCAUCCAGGCCUUGGGGUUUGUUUUACCUUCCGCCAUGAGGGGAUUACGGGGAAAACACGAUACAAUCCCCCUCUCAGUAAGUAUAGUCCUGUGUACACAGGCCCGUGUUUAUUCCUCAUGGAAGUCUGUUCUCCCUCCUUCAUGCUCCUAGUGGAAGUGAACAGCAGAUGUCCUCCUCACCCCUCCUUAUCCUAUAGUAAUAAAUGGCUUCAAAAUGAAAGUGAAAAUAACACAAGAUCCUUCCACACGACGCCCAAAUCCCAGAAAAUGUCCUCCGCUAAGGUGGCGUUCCUGAUCCUUCUGUGGCAGACGUCCUUUCUUCACAAUGAAGCCGCCUUGGUGGUUUUCGCUCCAUCAUCACACAGAGUCCAGCUGGGAGAGAACUUCGUACUGCCGUGUUCCUUCAAAGUGGAUGACCCUUCAAUAAAUCUUCAGUACCUCGCUAUUUUGUGGCUUUUCCGGGGCAAUGAGGUUCUGAGGAUUGACAACAAGGGGACAACAUCCCAAUCGAGAAUGUUUAUCAAUCAACAUGGCAUCACCAAAGGGAAUGCUAAUAUGGAAAUUAAAAACGUCACCAUCUCCGACAUUGGAAAAUAUAGAUGUAUGGUAAUCUACAGUCCACAGAAGGAAUUCAAGGAUAUAGACCUCAAUGUUUAUGCAACUCCGUCGGUCAUGGUUGAGAAGGUGGAGAAGGAGGACAAGACCAGCGUUGCACUGUGCUCGGUGACUGGUUUCUACCCCAGUGAUAUCACAGUGGAAAUUCUACAGGACCGCACAAUCAUGGAGGACUCAGUACUGUCUGCAUAUCACACUAAUGCUGAUGGCACUUACUCAGUUAACAGAACAUGGAAGAUACCAACUGAUGUGUCACCAAAAAUGUUGUCCUGUUCAGUCCGACAUGAAACCCUCUCACCUUCUGUACAAAAAGACCUUCAGGUGGUUUAUCAAGGAGGCAGCGAUAAUACAGGCGUGGUGGUAGGCUGCAUUGUUGGCGUGAUCAUUUUGAUAGUGGUCGGUCUUUUAAUUUUAUGGUAUUGCAAAAGGAAACCAGGUCAUAGGUUUAUGGUGAAAGAUAUUGAGAGUCCUGGAUGGAUUGAUGGUGAGAAGACCGCAUUGUGCUGUGAAGCUUUUCACUGUACUGAAGAUGUCAAGGUGACUUGGGUCAUUAAGCUUAGAGAUGGUACACAACAUGAGGUCUCCGACACGGGAUUAAGUGAUAAGGAGGAGGAGCAACCACUAAUGUCCAGAGAGUACCAGGUGACAAAGGAGCAUGACAGUCAGAAGAUGAAAGGACACGUGACCACAAAGUUGACCUUCAUUCCUUCUAUAUCCAGACAUUUGGGGUCCUCUGUGUCUUGCAAGAUUGUUCAUCAGAAGAAACCUGUAGAGAAAACAUUUGAGGUCAAGUCCAUUUAUGCUAAACCCACGUUCGUUGAGCCUGUACAGUUUACACUAUCUGACCAGGGAGAUGUAAAAAUAUCAGUGAAAUUACAGAAGUUUUAUCCUCAGGAGAUGGAGGUGGGAUGGUUCUUCAAAAGAGAACAAUCUGAAGAGAAAAUGUUAUCAGAGGUCAUAAAGAGCAAUUCUGGAGAUAAAUUCGAUCUUGAGAGUAAAUGUUCAGUUUCUGGAGAAUUAUUGAAAGAUCCCUCAUUCAAAGUCAUUGUGAGAUGGAAACAUCUAUCCAUGGAGAAACCACAAUCCCGGGAGAUGUCUAUAAGAGACCUCCCAUGGCAUCCAAAGCUACAGAAGUUUCCAAUAGAGAGCGUCUUCCAGGGUGACGAGGUUCUCCUACAGUGCCGGGUGUCAGACUACUUCCCCGAUGCUCUGGCUGUAAAAUGGUUUGAGAGGAAAAUGGGCAAUCAGGACUUGGAGGAAAUCUCCAGUUCUCAGAAAUACAAAAUUCCAGAAAUCUCAUCAUGCAGGAUGGAGAACCAAACUUUCUCUUCUACAGCGGUUUUAUCUUACAAGAGGUCUGAUCUGUCGGAAAAGGGAGUAGAGUUUAUUUGCAGAGCGGAACAUCCCAGCCUGGAUACACCCAUCCAAACCAGUAUUGUACAGUACAGAGAUGCAGAGGCUCCAACAUUCGUUUUAAACAACAUCCAGGGCCCCCAGACAUGGCUCAGCGGGGAGAAGGUCACUUUAUACUGUACGGCCUCAUACUGUAAGGAAGGCACUCAAGUCAUUUGGAUGGUGAAAUCAUCAGGUGUAACUAUAUCUGAAAUAAGCGAGGAUGGAGCAAAUGUGAAUAGAGACUCUCAUCGGUCCUCUGGAUAUGUGGCUCACAGAGAAAGAACUGAAAAAUCUGAUAAAGAGGGUCUUCAGGAUGUCACCUCCUCUCUGACCUUCACACCUUCCAUCUCUACACACCAAAACCUAUCCAUCGCCUGUAAGAUUCUCUGUGAUGGAAAAAUAAAGGAAAAGACUUUUCAACACAAAUAUCUCUAUGCAAAACCCACUGCAUCGGGCCCUAUUAAACUGUCUCUGACCGAUUCUGGAGAGGUGUUGUGCUCACUGGACAUAGAGGGAUUUUAUCCCAAUGAUAUACAGAUGAAAUGGAAUGACAAGAAGACUUCAGAACCAAACAGAACAUCUCAGAACAGUGAUGGGACCUAUAGUGUUCAUAGUGAUUAUACACUUCCUGGGAGCUUCUUCACUCAUCCAAACUCUACGGUGAAGGUGUCCUGGAAACACGACUCCAUGGAGGACUGGGAGAGCAGAGAGCUGUCUGUGCGCGAUAAAGAUUUUCCCUGGAAGGCGAAUGUACAGGAUAUCCCGGUCCCCAAUCUUCUCAUUGGCAGAGCAGCUGUACUGAAGUGUGAGGUGUCCAAUGUAUUUCCUGAUGUCUUGACUGUGAAAUGGCUGAAGAAGGAGAAGGAUGGCCAGGACUUAUUCCCUGUGAUCCACAGCCAGACAUAUAAUAUCUCAGAGCUCCGACCAGAGAAGCAGAAGGAUAAAACAUUCACUUACAAGUUGUGUUUGAAGUUAAAACCAUCUAUCAGUACAGAAGAGGGGGCGGAGUUUAUCUGCAGGGUGGAACAUCCCACUUUGGAAGUGCUGGCAGAGAAGAGCACAGGACCUCUCACUAUAAAAGGAUUUCCAAAGGUGAAGGACAUUGCCUGUGUUGGUGAGGACAUCUACUCUCUGGAGGUGGACGGCUUUUACCCACAAAAACUGACCGUGUCCUGGAGACUGUGUGGUCAGUCAUCUACAGUAGAGAAUGAUCCUGUGACCUCUCAUAUUACAUAUAAAACUAAUGAUGAUGGCAGUUUCAAAGCUACAAGUACCUGUGACCUGAGGAAAGCCAAGAAUAAUCUGGAUAAAUGGACUGACUUGGAGGCCAUAGUGGAGCAUGAAACACUGGAUAACCCCAUUUAUAAAAGAGAAGGCAGGAAGAUUGCAACUUCAUUGUCUCAAGACGAACACCAAGAUUCUUCUCCCCGGAUCGCACAAGAAGUGUCUGUGGCUGACUCCAUUCCUGCACUUCCUCCAACAGACACAACGAAGGUUCCAUCACCUCAAGAAAAUAGUCAGCAAAAUGAUUCUCAAAUUCCACAGGAUAAAUCACAGACUGACUCUGCUGUUCAACCAAAAGACGAGAAUAGAAUCAUUGUUGGGGAGAUUCAGGGACCUCGUCGGUGGAUUCAUAGGGAGAAGGUUGCUCUGUAUUGUUCAGUGUCUGAUUGCUCUGAGGACACUCGGGUGAUGUGGAUGGUGGAACAAACAGAUGGAAGAGUAGAGGAAAUCUCCAACACUGGAAGAGAUUCCCUGACAGACUCUGGUUACAUGAUAUCUAAGGAGACAGAAAAGUCUGAUAAAGAAGGACUGUUUAAUAUAACAUCAUUACUGACAUUAUUACCAUCUGUGUCCAAACACCUGGGAGUUAUUUUCACCUUCCAAAUCACCUCUGAUGGACAAACCAAGACCAAGAAAUUCCAGGCAAAGUCUAUAUAUGCCAAGCCGCAACUCGUGGAACCUGUGAAGACAAGUCUAUGUGACAAUGGAGAUGUCCUCUGCUCUCUGAACCUCCAGAAUUUUUACCCCAAACAUUUGAAGCUCAUCUGGAGAUCAGGAGAAGAUCAGCUGAAGUCCAAAGAGGAGUUUGAGAAGAAAAAGAAUCAUACAUAUAAUGUGUGCAGUCAUUGUACUGUCCCAGGAAAACUAUUAUUAGAUCCCAACUUCACCCUCCAUGUGACCUGGAGCCACAAAUCUCUGGAGAAAGAACAAUCACAAGUCCUGUCCUGGAGACGUCCGGGUCUGUCCUGGUGCCCGGUGAUUGAGGAGGUCCCCAUACCCCAUAUACUAACAGAGCGACAGAACACUCUACAAUACAACAUCUCCGGAUACUUCCCUGAUGAGGUGACUGUGAUCUGGUACAGGAAGGAGAAAGGAGCCCAGGAAUAUGUUCCUCUAUCACAAGAUAAGAAGUACCAGAUCCCAGACAUCCAGUCCCAAAGACAGUCCGAUCUCACCUAUUCCUGUACAGCCAGACUGCUCUUCAUACCGACCGUGACAGAUGGAGAAUCGGAGAUCAUGUGUAGAGUGUCCCAUCCCAGCCUGGAGAGACCCAUAGAGAGAGGAUCAGGACCUCUACAGGUGCAGGCGAAACCAAAGGCGAGGAAGCCAAUAAAAGCCUCUCUGGGCACUGGGGAGGUAAUAUUCUUUUAUACAUUGGAGAACUUCUAUCCCAAACACAUCCAGGUUGAUUGGUGUUACUGGUCAGGAGAGAAGCUGGAAGAACGCUGCCCAUCGAAGGAGAAAUAUAAAGAUAAUUUAACUAAAACAUUCAGUGUUAGCAGUAGAUGUACCAUCCCUGAGAAUCUCUUACACCACCCGGACUUCAGAGUAAGAUUCACCUGGAGACUCGAGUCCAUGGAUGAGAAGGAAUACAAGGAAUUCUCUAUAAGAGAUAAAGAUUUUCCCUGGAGGCCACAGGUGGAGAUGUCAGUCCCGCCCCUGAGGAGCAGUGAAGAAGCCACCAUACAGUGCACAGUAACAAAAUACUUCCCAAAUGCUGUGAAUGUGUUGUGGUUCAGAAAGCACACGCAAUCCAGAGAAAUGUGUCCGGUGUCUUCAGAUGGGAUAUACAGAAUUAUGAAUAUUUCACUAGAGAGACAGAAUGAUAAGUCCUAUGGAUGUAGAUCAUGUGUGACCUUCUACCCCUCUCUGGAGAGAGAUCAGGGUGUGGAAUAUAUCUGCAGGGUGGAACAUCCCAGUCUGGAACAGCCAAUAGAGAAAAGUACAGGAGCUCUGCAAGUCACCGCCCCAGAGCAGCAGGAGCCAUGUAUACAGCACCCACAACUUCAUUCUGGUGUUCCAGCUCCAGUGUCCCACCACCCAUCUCCACAAGAUGUGUCUGAUAUAAUGGAUCACCAAAAUCAUCCUAGUGUUCCAGCUCCAGUGUCCCGCAAUCCAUCUCCACAAGAUGUGUCUGAUAUAGUGGAUCACCAAAAUCAUCCUAGUGUUCCAGCUCCAGUGUCCCGCAAUCCAUCUCUACAAGAUGUGUCUGAUAUAGUGGAUCACCAAAAUCAUCCUAGUGUUCCAGCUCCAGUGUCCCGCAAUCCAUUUCCACAAGAUGUGUCUGAUAUAAUGGAUCACCAACAUCAUCCUGGUGUUCCAGCUCCAGUGUCCCGCAAUCCAUCUCUACAAGAUUUGUCUGAUACAAUGGAUUACCAAAAUUAUCCUGGUGUUCCAGCACCGGAAUCUCACCAUCCAACUCCACAAGAUGUGUCCAAUACAAUGGAUCACCAACAUCAUCCUGGUGUUCCAGCACCGGAAUCUCACCAUCCAACUCCACAAGAUGUGUCCAAUACAAUGGAUCACCAACAUCAUCCUGGUGUUUCAGCACCAGAGCCUCACCAACAUCAUCCUAGUGUUCCAGCACCGGAAUCUCACCAUCCAACUCCACAGCAUAUGAAUAAUAUGAUGAUUUACCAUAAUCAACCUAGUGUUCCAGCACCAGCCCCUCACCAUCCAAUGCCACACGAUGUGUCUAAUUUAAUGGGUCACCCAAAUCAUAAUGGUGCUCAAGCACCCGAGUCUCAACAUUCACCUCAACAAGUUGUGUAUAAUAGAAUGGACCACCAACAUCAAACUGGUGCUCCACCAUUAGGUCCCCCCCAUCAUCCUCCACAGGAAGUGUAUAAUAUAAUGUAUCAACAAAAUCAUCCUGGAGUUCCAGCAUCUGAGUCUCAACAUCUAUACCCACAAGAUGUGUAUAAUAUGACGGGUCACCCACACUAUCCUAGUGGCCCAGCACCAGAGUCACUCCAUCCACAUCUAGAAUAUAUUAAUAAAAUUGUGGGUCCUCAGAUUACUCCAAUAUCACAGCAGCAUUGCAGUCCACCCCCAUGUGAUGAAGAUAAGGAGAUGGAGGUCCAGGAUAUGUUUUCACAACAUAAUGUGGUUGAGCACAGAGAAGAGUCUGAACCCUUCCACUAUCCAUUUCCAGAGUCAGAUGCGAUGGAUUUCUAACAUCACCUUGGUUUCUACAGCAGAGUCUCACCAUCCACCUCUGCAAAUUGUGCCUUAUAUGAUGAGUUGCCGAUAUCAUCUUGGUGUUCCAGCACCAAAGUCUCACCAUCCACCUCCAUGGGAUGUGCAUAAUAUGAGUUACUAACAUUAUCUUGCUGUACCAGCACCAGAGACUCGCCAUUUACCUUCACAAGAUGACUCAGAUAUGAUGGAUUUUCUAAAAUUGGCGUGGUGUUCCUGUACCAGAGCCUCACCACCCACCUCCACAAGAUGUGUGUUAUAUGACGAGUUGCCGAUAUCAUCCUGGUGUUCCCACACCACAGUCUCCUUAUAGACCUCCACAAGAUGAUCCAGAUAUGAUGGAUUUCUAACUUUAAAAAAUAAAAUUAUUUCCAAUAAUCCUCAGAAUCCAAUACAGCGCUAUGUAAAAAGUUUGAACAUUAUCUUGGUGUUCCCACACUAGAGUCUCACCAUCCACAAGAUAUGUAUUAUAUAAUGGAUUACCAUAAUCACCGACAUGAAUGUGUGCACAAAUAUCAUGGGGAAGAACCGUGAGAAGGAAAAAAGUUCUAAUAAUUGGUAGAUUAUGCAGCUGAUUUAUUAUCUAAAUCAAAUAAUUAAAUGUGGAAAGAUCUCAGUGAAAUGUUUAUAUGUCUGUAAGGCUAAAAGUUAAUUAUUAAAGUGGUUGUAAACCCUC